GGGGAGAGCUGUGGCGGUGACAACUCGGGGUAUAGGCGGCUUUAACGGGAUGGAGUCGGGAGUCGCGGACGCCCAGGCCGGCGAGGUUGAACGAGAUGUGGGCGAAGGCCCAGCAGACGGCGGCGCCUCUCGGGGGCUUCAAGUCUCGGAGCCCUUGGGAGCCGCCCGGUGGAAGCUCCUGCGGCAGGUUCUGAAGCAAAAGCACCUGGAUGAUUGCCUGCGACAUGUAUCUAUAAGAAGAUUUGAAUCAUUUAAUCUGUUUUCAGUAACAGAAGCCAAAAAAAGGGUAAAUGAAGAGGAAGUUGGUGCAUGGGUCCGAUAUACAAGUGUCUUCUAUCCUGAGUACAGUAUUUCUUUAAGGCGUAAUAAUGGAUCUUUGAAUGUUGAAGAUGUUCUUACCAGCUUUGACAAUACAGGCAAUGUUU